CUCAAGGUCAGCGAAGCGUUACCGGGCUCGUUUAUCCAUCCAUCUCGACCAAGCCUCGUCACUUGUCACUUGCGGAUUCUCCUUGCCCAGUGAACAUGGUCUUCCUCCGCCGCGCCCUUCACACCGCCCGCCGCUUCUCCACGGCCACGGUGCCCAAGGCCAAGGCGUCCGACUACACCGGCGGUUUCGACGUGUUCGACCAAGGCCGCCGCAUCCUCGUGACGGGGGGCACCGGCCAAAUCGGCAUGGAAUUGGUGCCGUAUUUGCGCAACUUGCACGGUCGCGACGCCGUGAUCAACUCGGACAUCAAGAUGGCCAGCAAGGCCGAGCAAAAGUCCGGACCGUUUGUCUACUGCGACGUCCUCAACGCCGACGGGUUAGCGCGCAUUGUGCUUGAAAAUGGCAUCGACACCAUUAUCCACAACGCUUCCCUCUUGUCUGCCAUCGGCGAGAAGAACCCUCAACUGGCCCUUAAGGUCAACACCCGCGGGUUGGAAAACGUGUUGGAGCUCGCUCGCCUCAACAACCUCCGAGUGUUUGCUCCGUCCACUAUCGCGGUGUACGGCCCUUCAACACCGCAAGACAACACGCCAGACAUUACCGUCAUGCGCCCCACGACCAUGUACGGCAUCACUAAAGUGCAUUUGGAGCUCUUGGGCGAGUACUACCACGACAAGUUUGGCGUGGACUUUCGGUCGAUUCGGUACCCCGGCAUCAUCUCGUCGGAAGCGUGGCCCGGUGGAGGAACGACGGAUUACGCCGUCGAAAUCUUUUACGAAGCGCUCAAGAAGGGCAGCUACAAGUGCUUUUUGGGCCCCAAGACGUGCCUCCCCAUGAUGUACAUGCCCGACUGCCUCCGCGCCACCAACGAGUUGCUCGAAGCACCGUCCGAGUUGCUCAAGCAACGCGUGUACAACGUCACGGCGCAAGCGUUCACGCCCGAGCAACUCGCCGAAUCGAUCCGCAAGGUGAUCCCGUCGUUUGAGAUUACGUACGAACCAGACUUCCGCCAAGCGAUCGCCGACACGUGGCCGCGGUCCCUGGACGAUUCCCUUGCCCGUGAACACUGGGGCUGGAAGGAACAGUACGACUUGGACUCGAUGGUCGCACACAUGCUGGAAGCGUUGGACGCCAAGCUCAAGAAGCUCGGCCACCUGUAAGGAUGGAUCCCAGCGACCUUACAGCGUUGACAAUAACGAGAUAUAGAGACCACACCAUAUACGUACGUUUUUUGUUUUCAAAUAGGCACACUAUAUUUCGU